AAACACUCAAGUCAAAAGAAGGCACUCGGAGUGAGUACAAGAACAUACAGCAAGGAACGAUCUCCAUAGCUUGAUUCCAAAAUGCGAUCCUUUCCUAUUCGCAGCUUCACCGUCUUCACCGUCUUCGCCGUCUUGCUCGUCGCGAUCGUGCCCCACAUACAGGCACAACCAACACCGUCUAAACUUCACUUCAAAUCACUCUCACCCUUUGCAUCGGCUCUCGAAACUCUCCAGAAGCAACUCGGGUACACCUUCAAGAGCAUUUCUCUUCUUCGCCGCGCUGUGACUCACGCUUCCUUCUCGGAGGAAAAUAACAAAGCAUUUAGCAUAUUGGGUGCCAGUGUCAUUGAAACUUCGGUGUCUUUCCGAUUGCUUUCCAAAGACGUUGACGUUUCUCCAAAAGAGCUCAACCGUCGAUUAUCCCAAAUCACCAACGUAGACUCUUCCUGCGCCGUCGAUGGAAUGCGGUUAGGGUUGCACAAGGUCGUUCGAGUUGCGCCUAAGACCAAUUCUUCUGCCCCUGCUGUGGUUUGCGGCGCGUUUCGAGCAAUCUUUGGUGCUGUUGCCAUUGAUGCUGGCAACUCCGAUGCUGCAGGUGACAUUUUCUGGACUAUUCAUGCCGGGGACCUUGGGGUUGCCUUAGAUUUUUGAACCGUUAGUUGAACUUUCAGUUGCCUUGUGUUUGUUUGUGGUGCUUUAGAUGCUUGUUAAUGACCUGUGAAUUAGUUGUUUGUAGUUUCUUUUUAGUCAAUCUAAUUACUGUAAUUGGUAC